CAUAUUUUAUCCAAAACAUGAGAAAACCUCAUCAAACAUAUGCUGAAGGUUGGAAUCGAUAGAUAAUGUGCAGGAACAUUUGGACAGGAAGUAAUCCAUGUCUGAGACUCAAUUUCCAGUAAGUGCAGUCAAUGUGCGAGGCAUCGUUCUAUGGCCAUGAUUGAGACAGACAAGGAAACUUUCUCCUGGAGCCUAAUAAUAAUGUAAACACCAUAAGUGAUAACUUGCUGUGACGAAAGCUAAACAUAGGGAUCCAACAGAGAGCAGUGGGGGCUUGGACGACUUUUUUAGAUGGGGUGACAAGGAAAGAGACAUCUGACCCAAGGCCUGAGGGAUGAGAAGAAGCCAACCAUGGGAAGAUCUAGGGGUUCCAGGAUGAGGAAACAGCAAGUGCAAGGCCCUGAGACAGAAGUGAACUUGGUAUAUUUGAGGAUGUGAAAUAACCAGAGGAGUAAGUGGCAAAGGGGUGAAGACAGGAGGUGAGGCGGGAGGUGGCAGGAGACAGAUCACACCAAACCUCUAGGCUACCGUGAGGACUUGGGAUUGUAUUCAGAUGACCUGGGAAGCAAGAAGUGGAAUGAUCAGAGUUUGAGAGGCCUCUGUGGGGGCUGGGAAGAGAAUGGGCUGUGGAAGACCCAGAAAGGAGGCUGCUGCCAUCUCUGCUGUGUCCAGGUGAGGAAGGAUGGUGGCUCAGUCAGUGUGACAGCAAUGGGGAUGGGAGAAGGGAGGACUGGGGGUCGACCUCAGGCCUCCUGGCUCUGGGCCUGCUGACCUUUCCCCUGCACCCCGGGGCCUGUGAACUUGUCUCCCCGGGGUGGCUGAAAGAUCCUCCAAGCAAAGCUGACAUCUUCACAUUAUGGAUUCAUUCCCAACAGGUCAGUUGACCAGAGACUACAGACCCGACCCUAAAGUCUACAUUCAGCUCAUUAAAGAGUGUGAGUCCCUGGGGAAAGAGGGCGAGUUCUCCCCCUGCUUCACAGAGCUGCAGCGAGCCUUCCUGAGGGACCGUCCAACCAAGCUGAAGAGCCUCAUCCGCCUGGUGAAGCACUGGUACCAGGAGUGUAAGAGCAGGAAUGGGAAGAAACGGGCACUGCCCCCGCAGUAUGCCCUGGAGCUUCUGACAGUCUACGCAUGGGAGCGAGGAAGCCGGAGCCCAGAAUUCAACACGGCUCAGGGAUUUCGGACAGUCUUGGAAUUAGUCCUGAAGCAUCAGGACCUUUGUAUCUACUGGGAAAAGUAUUACAGCUUUGAAACCCCUAUUAUUGGAGAUUACCUGAAGAAGCAGCUCGGGAAACCCAGGCCUGUGAUUCUGGACCCGGCUGACCCUACUGGAAACGUGGCUGGUAGAGACCCAAGCAGCUGGCAGCUACUGGCCCAAGAGGCGGCAGUCUGCCUGGGGUAUCCAUGCUUUAGGGAAUGGAAUGGGUCUCCUGUCAGCGCCUGGAAAGUGCAGUGCUGGUAUGAAACCCAAGCACCCGAGUCAUCAACUCCUGAUACCCCAGGGACCAGACCCCAUUCUGGGCAACUUCCCACUGAGGAAAGGGAACUGAAAAGAACUAAGGUUGAGGCAACAGAGAUGAGGGUGGAGGCCUCUGAGAUGUGUUGUCUGAGAUGCCUGGGCCCUCGGCUCCACCAGGGGGCGCAGUGUGAUGUGCUACCCGCCUCCCAUGCCCUGGGUCAGUUGACCAGAGGCUACAGACCCGACCCUAAAGUCUACAUUCAGCUCAUUAAAGAGUGUGAGUCCCUGGGGAAAGAGGGCGAGUUCUCCCCCUGCUUCACAGAGCUGCAGCGAGCCUUCCUGAGGGACCGUCCAACCAAGCUGAAGAGCCUCAUCCGCCUGGUGAAGCACUGGUACCAGGAGUGUAAGAGGCAGCGUGGGAAGCCACUGCCGCCUCAGUAUGCCCUGGAGCUGCUGACAGUCUAUGCUUGGGAGCAAGGAAGUGGGAAGACAGAAUUCAACAUGGCUCAGGGAUUUCGGACAGUCUUGGAAUUAGUCCUGAAGCAUCAGGACCUUUGUAUCUACUGGGAGAAGUAUUACAGCUUUGAAACCCCUAUUAUUGGAGAUUACCUGAAGAAGCAGCUCGGGAAACCCAGGCCUGUGAUUUUGGACCCGGCGGACCCUACAGGAAACAUCGGCGGGGGAGACCGACACAGCUGGCAGCGGCUGGCGGAGGAGGCUGCAGCCUGGCUGAGUUACCCGUGCUUGAAGAAAUGGGAUGGGUCCCCAGUGGACUCCUGGCAUGUGCUGCCCAGAAAAGACAGUUACUGGACACAUGAGGCCUGUGAUGAUGGUCAGCACUGGGAAUUCUCUCCAAGACCCAUUACACUCCAGGGAGGGCGCCCUGCCUCGGAGGAGGAGAACUGGACCUGUGUCAUCCUCUGAACACUGGAGGAUUUUAAAGAGGUCUUGGGUGAGAGUUGAGGACCCGUGCCGAUGAUCAGUCCACCAUCAUGAUCCAGUUCUUGAACCUUCUGCUUUCCACUUUCUUAAAAACUCAUCGAAUGUGUUCUGGCCCCUUGGUGGCUCGCUUCCUCAAUCUCAAACCUGUUGCGUCACAUGGUACUUUUAACACACCUUUGCUAUCAUUUCAGUAGGCUCUUGAGUGUGUGUGCGGCCUACCAUCUCAAAUGGAAGAUUUCUAAAGUGACCUGUGAAUCUGGAAGAUGACUGUGACUAAUGGGGUGAGCAGGAAAGUCACGGUUUUAUGUCUGAAGUCACCUGGCUUGCAUUCCCUCUACAACAUCCAGUCUUCUUCCUGUACUUGAAUGCCUCCCGUGAUGUAGCACUCACUACUCAAAAUAUAAACUGGGUGUACACACUGACAGUCUACCAUCUCUCCUGCGACUUCAGCACGACCUCUGAAACUCACCAUCUGACCACAUCUAUCCUUUCAGUUAAGGUGGAUUUCAGGAAGCCUUUGUUAGCUUUGUCACCUGACAUGUACUCAGAGGCAGAGUAAACACUGGAUUCCUGACCUGAUGGGACAGAGGACGAAUGAGUUUUUGAGUGAGCUAGGGAGGAGGAGAGGGACUCUGGCGUGGGCCUGGCCUGGCAAAGAGCUCAAAGGUGCAGAUUCUGAUCACCUGGCUGGAGGGGCAGCGGGGAAGCAGACGCGGCCAAAACGGGAAGGGACAGGCCACCAUGAAGAUGGCAGCAGCCAGGGACGGCCACGUAGCUUUACGCCUCCACGCUGAGGCCACCUGCUGCCUAGUUCUGUGCUGGCCUCACAGGGAUUUACCUGUUACAGCCUCAUCAGGUUUUAGUACGUAAUUGUGUGUGAGAGGUGCCACUGUAAACUGAUUUUCCUUUCUCAUGUUUCUUCUUUAAAAAAAAAUUCCUUGUCACAGCUAUGGAGAACAAACUAGUCACCACUGGGGAGAGGGGAGAAGGGAGAGGGGCCAAUAUAAGGGUAGGGGAUUAAGAGGUACAAGCUAUUAGGUAUAAAAUAAGCUACCGGGAUAUAUUGUGCAACACAGGGAGUAUAGCAAGUAUUUUAUAACUAUAAAUGGAAUAUAACCUUUAAAAUUGUGAAUCACCAUACUGUAUACCUGUAACUUACAUAAUGUUGUAUAU